CCUCAUCCUACAUGAACUCUAUAUUUUAAUUUUUGUAAAGGUCCGUGUUUGCUCUGCUCUUGUUUUGUAUUUUUCUUUUUGACUUUUCAUUUUGAAAACCGCUCGUUACCACCACAUUUUGUCAUUAUCUUUUGUUUAACAUGUAUUGGCCAAAAUUUUACUAAGAAAAUUUAAACUCUGUGAGUUUUCAAGUACACUAUUUCGAACAACAGUAAUUAGGUGAUACGGUUGAUGUAAUUCAUCAUAAUAAUCAUUUAAAUAUCUUGUAGAAUUAUCCUAUACAUUUUACGAAGCUACCGAUGUUUGACAAUAAUGUUCAUCUACAACAAUUAGCUUCAGUUAUCGAUUCUAUAAUUGAGUUCUAUGUAAUGCCAACUCAUCAAUAAAUGUAUGCAUUUGUCUAUUGUGAUGGUUUUAGUAUAGGGUGAUAAAUUCAAAGGAUCAAUUUAAAGAGUGUUGAUUGGUACUAAUGGAUGGAUGUUUUGUGCUGAUGGACUUUACUCAGACUGCUUAUGGAUGAUAAAAUAGUACGUGAUCGUCCGAGAAUAAAUAUCUUUUAUAAAUGUAACAAAAUAGACGGGAUUACCAAUAAUGCAACAUGAUUUCGGGGAAAUUCUCAAAGGUUGUUUUGUGUGUCGGAAUAUUUCUUUAUAGAAAAUCUUUGACUGAAGUGUCGAGCUACGAAAUAACCAGGGAAGUUUAUAUGGGACAGAUUUGGCAAAAUAAUUACAUAGUGCAUUCAGAACGAAAGUCUUGGUUAGAUGCCAGAAAUGUCUGUAAAACCAACGGAUUCGCCAUGCAAUUCAACAAGUGGAAGACUAUCAAUCAAUACAUUAUAAUUAAAGCAGAAAGGAAGGGUUGGAAUGCUUCUGAGGACGUUUGGUUAGGGCUCAUAAAGCAUCCAAACAGCAGUUUGUGGUAUGAAUGCAGAAAAAAUCAUUGUGAAGAAGCGAAUAUAGUUAUACCCGGACAACUUUUUUACGAGAGGCAAUGUGCAGUACUGAACAUGUCUUCUGCUACAAAGUCCAACAUACUCUAUGCGGAUAACUGUGAGGGAAAUGCUUUUGGAUUUGCUUGUCUUGGACAAUACGGAACGGUUCCAAAUGAUGUGGAGAUGUAUCCGAUGUCAGACCUUGUGGAAACAGGCACAUAUAGAGAAUCUUGGAACAACGUUAACAUCACAGAAUGUGCAAUUAAUUCGUUUUCAAAAUUUUUUUGUUUUGCCUCGAAAUACUACCCAGAAACAAGAAUAUGCAAUGCAGAAUGCACAAAUGUUCUGAACGUUCCAGAAAAUGUGACACUGAUUAAUUCUGUAAUAAAUUCCACAAUUCUUCUUCGUUCUUACAAUAGAGUAAUUAUCAACAACGAUGUGACCAAUUUGCCACCUAUAACAGAUCCAGAUCAGUUUCCUUGUGUAUACGAGACCUCAUCAAAGAUCGAAUCCACACCAUUGUCUAGCUCUAUGUCCACAUCAGUUUAUACCACAGGACCAGUAGUUUCACAUUGUCUUUGUAUUUGUACAACGGUUUCCAAUAUCACCAAAGAGGGUCUUCAACAGAAAAUAAGUCAGAUAAAAAAGAGUUUAACGGUCAACAAAACCUCUCUUUCAUCCUCACUGAGGAGAAAAACGUCUGCACCAGAUGAGCGACAAUCAUCUGCCGGAAUGGGAGUUGUGGGAAUGUUUAUCAUCAUAGGAACACUGUUUGCUUUGAUUGCAAGUGACUUGUUCUACGCUGGGUUCAUUAUCAUUAGAUAUAUUACAAACAAUUGUUUUAAAUGGCAAUAAAACCACAAUAUUAUUGUAAAAAAAAUCUCAUUAUUUUUUAUUAACGCAAUUGUUUUAUGUUAAAUGGAUGGUCUAGUCUCUUAUUAACAAAGAUAUGCAAACUUAAUGAUAAUGAACAAAAAAUCUAAAUUUGAAAAAAUGAAAACUUGUCUUGUUAUUCAAAUUGAAUAUAAUAUUUAAAAAGUUAAACGAGAAUAGUUUUCUUAUUGUUGUUGUUUCCUGGGCAUCACUUUAUUAAGUGAAGCCUAGGAAAAUAACUAUUAAUUUUGAAACGGACACCAUCUCUUCUCUUUGUCAUCUAUUUUGUUAUGACCAUCCAUAAGCUAUACUUUCCGAUUGUUGUGAAAAUACCUCAUGGCUUUAUUGAUGAAAUACGAAUAUUUUUAAACAAAAAUAAAAAUAUGAUUCCGCCAUUAAACAUUAAAACAUUUUGUAUUAACACAACAAUUAUGACCUUUCAAAAU